AUGCCUCCCAUUCCCAUUCAUACCUCGAGCCCCAUCGUGGCAGCAAAGCCCGAUGGUGUCACCCCCAAGACAGCUGAAUCAGGCGAUCCGGGAGCCUCGUCUAAUGUACCAGCAAGCAACGAAGUACCUACUUCUACCUACCCGGCAGCUCAACCAGGAGCGCGCCCGUCAAUGCCAGCUCCAACCGGAGCGCCCCAGGCUUUCGCACCCGUCCAGCCGGCGCCGACUCGGACCACUAUGAACUAUAGCCCUCCAGCUCCGCAACCCGGCGCAGUCCCGGUGCCGCCAAAUGGAUAUCAACUCCCACCACCUCCCAAGACUGGAGAGACGCUACGUGAUACUCAGAUGCAGCCUACGCAGAUGCCUCCCCAGAUGUCCUAUGCUCCCGUAUCCAAUGGAUCGGAGUUCACCGUACCUCGCUCAUCGACGGUAACGGCGGCUGGCCCGUCACCGAUGGCUGGCUUGGGCCCAACGGCCGUGCUGGGCGGAACCGGCGGUAGCGACUUUUCUCACCCACCUGGCUACCACCAGAACGUGCACGCAUCCGAAUUCACUAGUUCGCAGCGCGCUGCACACGAAGCUUCCGUAUCUCAGGAACGCAGGCCAUCAUUGAUAGGGGACGACGAGGGCGAGGGAGUCUGGUCGGCCGCCAAGAAGUGGGCUUCGGCUGCCGGCGAGAGUCUUGCUGCAGCUGAGAAUGAAGUGUGGAAGCGAAUCAACAAGGACUAG